GCUCAGCAGUGUUGGUGGUAAUUAGGUUACGGCUCAGUGAUAGACCUGAUUGCAGCUCUCCCUGAUGAGCUUUGCAUGCUGUCACUGGUAAGCAGUGGCUGCCCCUGGAAGGAGGCGGCAUAAUGGCCAUAGACCAGGAUCGUGAGUCCAGUUGGAUGAGGCAGCCGGAGGCCGAGGAGAAUGGUUCAGUGCUGCCAGCUUCCAGCACUACAAUCCCCACAUCAGAGGAGAUGACUGGUGCCCCCGCUUCACCAGCCCACCCGGGUUCUCGGUAUAGCCCUUUGCUGCUGGACUUUGAUGGCUCCGUGUUGCCCUUUCUUGGUGGACUGGGCAACUUCAACAAGCGCCUGGUGCUGCUCACCUGGAUUCCAGCUCUGUUUCUCAGCUUUAGCCAGUUUUCAGACUUCUUUCUCCUGGACAUUCCAGAUAAGUGGUGCAAGACUAAUGGGAGCUUGGUGGACAGUGUCCAUAACAGCCACUUACGCCUAGUGAAUGGGACCACCCCUACUCCAGAGGUGAUGCUCUUACAGCCACCGCCACAGCUGCCCACCACACUAUCCCCGAUCAGUGGCACACUGCCCCCCCACAACGACUCCUGCCUUUGCCAUGAAUGGACCUAUCGAAUCCAUGCUGGACUUGUCCAAAAUGUAGUGAGCAAGUGGGAUCUGGUCUGUGACUCAUCGUGGAAAGUUCAUAUAGCUAAAUUCUCACUGGUCGUCGGGUUGAUAUUUGGUUACUUGAUAACAGGAUGUAUCGCUGACUGGAUCGGCCGACGUCUUGUGCUGCUGUUCUCUGUAGUCUUCAACCUAAUUUUUGGGCUUUCUGUGGCACUCUCUGUGAAUGUGACCAUGUUCAGCACGCUCAGGUUUUUUGAAGGAUUCUGUCUUGCUGGGAUAUUUCUCUGCUUGUACGCAUUGAGAAUAGAGUUGUGCCCUCCUGGUCACAGAUUCAUGAUCACAAUGGUGGCCAGUUUCAUUGGAAUGGCUGGGCAGUUUCUUUUGCCAGGUUUGGCAGCUCUCUGCAGAGACUGGCAGAUCCUCCAGGCUGUCAUCAUCUGCCCUUUUAUCUUGAUGCUUUCCUACUGGUACAUAUUUCCAGAGUCUCUGAGAUGGUUGAUGGCUACAAUGCAAUUUGAAACUUCUAAGAAGCAAAUUCUUCAGGUGAUUCACAGGAACAGAGUGAACACAGAAAUUGAUAUCAAAGGAGUGAUCCCAGAAUUGGAGAGAGAGCUAAUCAGAAGACCAAAAAAAGUUUGCAUUGUGAAAGUGGUGGGAACGAGGAACUUGUGGAAGAAUAUUCUUGUUCUCUGUGUGAAUUCGCUGACUGGAUAUGGGAUACACCACUGUUUUGCCAAAAGUCUCAUGGACCCUGAAGUCAAUAUGGGCACAAGCAUCAUGCACAACUUCUACGCCAACUAUUUUGCUAUGGCAGGGAUUACACUGGCAUCAUGCCUGGCAAUGUGCCCCGUUGUUGGAUUUUUAGGGCGCAGAGGAGGAUUGCUUCUAUUCAUGAUUUUAACUGCUCUUGCAUCUCUUCUUCAACUAGGACUUCUGAACUUGAUUGGAAAAUAUACUCUUCGUCCUGACACAGGCAUGAGUGAGACUGUGAAAAAUAAAUUCUCCAUCGUGUUCUCAAUCAUUGGCAUGUUUUCAUCUCAUGCUGUUGGAAGUUUAAGCGUUUUUUUCUGUUCAGAAAUUACCCCCACAGUGAUCAGGUGCAGUGGCCUGGGACUGGUUCUAGCCAGUGCUGGUUUUGGAAUGUUAACAGCCCCGAUCAUGGAACUUCAUAAUCAGAAGGGAUAUUUCUUACAUCAUAUCAUCUUCGCUUGCUGCACAUUGAUCUGUAUAAUUUGCAUUCUUCUCCUGCCUGAGAGUAAAAACCAAAACCUACCAGAGAACAUCGCUGAUGGAGAGCAUUACACUCGACAGCCUCUCCUACCUCACAAGAAAGGAGAGCAGCCCCUCUUGUUAACAAACUCAGAACUCAAGGAUUACUCUGGCCUCCAUGACUCUGCACCCAUGGGAGAUGGGGUGUCUGAAAACACAACUGUCAACGGCAUCAAGUCAGCAUAGCUAGAAAAGUAACAUGGAAGAACAUCAUCUAUUUAUUAUUUGUUUCCCCUUUGCACAGGUCUUAAAGGCCAACCCUAGGAUUGUCUGACACUGUGGCACCCUCCUACAUGGCUGCUAAACCUUGUCAACCUGGAGAAAACCACAAAGAGAAACUUCUGUUUCCAGCAAACUCCAGGGAAGAAAAGUUUGUCAACAAAUGUAACACCCUUUUUCCACCAACAUACUUGUGUUUUGUUUCACUCCAGUUGGUCACGAGAUACUUUAAGAGAAAAACUAUGUCUAAAACAAUCACUCUGAGCAAAAAAUCAUUUUCUCUAAUCUGAUUGGCAAUACUCUUCAUCUUUUAGAAUCUCAUCCUACAUCCUCCGAUAUAUAUACUUUUUUUCCCCUCUUGGUAAAGCUGCAGUUAGCAAAUGCAGAAGCUGCCCACCUAGCAUUUAAAAUGAAAGUACUGUGAUUUGUUGGUUGUGAGGGCUGGUCUCAGUUUCAAGCCCGUUGUUAAAUACUUUUAGCUGGAAAUAAUCUGGCAGAAUGAAGGGGCAACUUGUGUAAGCACUGAGAGGUUCUACUCACCAGUGGUUAAAAAAAAAUACUUUUUGCACAAAGUGUGAAGGACUUUUACACUGUAUGUUAUUAUGAAAGCGAAGACUGAGCAAAUGGACUCCAAGUUCAGUUUUUUUUCUUUUUCUAAAAUACUUGAGCAAUACAGACCAAUUGGGAAAUGAAAUAAAUACCACUACUUUGAAAGAAGUCAGUCGGCUGCUAUAUGUUCCUGUGACAUGCAGCUCUGACCGAGCACACCUAUUGGUUACCCCUCAGGUUUCACGUCUUGACGUUGGACAUUUGGGAGAAUGCUUUUAGAGAUGUGCAGUAAAUAUGUGCCAAAUUCUGCAGAAUCCUUCCCUCCUGUAUGAGCAGAACGUAGCCAGGACCUGGUUUCCAUUAACAAGAACAUGCUACUACUAAUACUAAUACUUGCGUGAUGCUUUAAGUGUCCUGAUUCCCAAGUAGAUCACUCAAGUUGGCAUUAGCGACCUGUCAUGAGGUUAUGCGGUCUUUGGAAUCCCACUUGACAUGUAGCAGAUUUUUAGCCCUAUGAGAAUGCAGGGACGUUUCAUUACGUGGACAAUGUUAUUUAUAUCAGAGAAUGUGAAAUUUUGCAUUGAAAUAGUAGGGCUCUUCAAAAUGUACCUUAAAAAACUUGAUUUAAAAAAAUGCUUGGGUUUCAGGAAUGGAUGUAGGGAGCCUUACUGACUAACCCAAAGAUCAGUAAGCCCUCUGGAUCUCAGUACAAGAAUGGGUCUUGAUACAAAACAAUACUGGUUUUGCUGGUUUAGAAUGAUUGCUACUGAAAGUAGUAUUGCGGAUACAAAACAAUGCACAUGCAAGCUAAAUCUAAUCUAUAGCAUGGUGCCUAGGAAUAACAUAUUAACAUGUUUUCUGGUUACUGGUCAAGCUUUUAAGAACAGCAUUACAAACAAAAAAAGAGCAAAAACAUUUUUCAGCCGUAAAAAGGAAAAUGAAUUGCAACUAAUAAGGUUAGAUUACUCAAACAUCUUUCCUUAAGCUAAGCCUUCACAAAGGCAUAAAGGUACAGAACACAUCCAUGAAAGUGUAGUAAUUGUAAACUGUUACAUUAGUGCUUUCUAGUUGAAUACUGUUAAUUAUAUAAUGUGAACACUGCUUUUUGGUGACUAUUUUGACGCAUCAUGAGAAAAGGUCGGAAAAAGUCCUUGAAAGAGAAAGCAAAUCAACCUUUGGCCGGUUUAGUUUUGUGAAUUGGAGGGAGGGAUAUCGGGGGUUUGUACAAAUGGAAAUUCAAUGUUAGUAUUUCAAUAAAUGUUUCUAAAUGUUGUAGAGCCAAAACCAUGGAUUCACCAAACUGGAAGAAGUGCCAUUAAAUGAACUGUUAAGUGUUGACCACUUUACCGUUGGGAUGACUUUAAGCGCACUGCAUCCUCUCUU